AUGGACAACACCAAACUUUUGAAUGGCUUCUUUGACCGGCUUAGCCCUGAAAUUGAGAUAAUGAUAUUCGACAUCCUACCUCUACCAGACCUUGCACGCUUCUCCGAAACCAGAACUGGAAACCAGAUAGAUGUCGCAAAUUAUAUGGUCAGAAGGCGCGAUAACAUAUUCAAGACAUUUGUGGACGACAUCCCCUUGUUCAUCCAACUCUUGAAAUUCACAGAAUCUAUAAUAUCAGGAUCCAAUGCAUUAAAUCUUAUCAUGCCACAAUCGCAGCAAGUUGUGGCACACAACAUCGAUGUCUACACCACAGAACAAUAUGAGCUUGUAGUGGUGGAAUAUUUGAAGAACCAAGAAGGAUAUACAGUCGCAGAUAAAAUUAGCCCGAAGCCAAAAUACGACGGCAGUGCAAUAGCCAGGAUUUACAAACUGGAGAAUGGAGAAAAGAAGAUAGAUAUCAUCGUAACUCACUGGAAGUGCGUAAUAGCGCCAGUCCUGCAAUUCCAUUCCACCAUCGUCAUGAACUACAUCACAGCGGACGAUAUUGUCUGCAUGUAUCCCAAAUGGACUUGCAACAGAAAAGGAUUCAUAAAUCCACAACUCUACAUGGAAGACAAGACAAACCUACGGACUGUCGAAGCUCUGAUGAAAUACACAAAGCAGGGAUUCAGAUUAUGCGCAGAACCUUUCCAGUUGGGAGUGCACAACUGCAGCAGGAGUAUCAAUUGCCCACAUGCUACGCGGACGACUGUAGAUGAGCGUAUGUUCCACUGGAAUAUCAACAACGGCACGGCCGUCAGAACGACAAUGAUGGAUUGCUGGGACAUGCCAAUCAUAGUGUGGUCCCUUGGAGGUCACGGAUGCAUGACAGAGAGUAACAGGAGGUCGCUGAAUCACAUCCUGGUCGCAGCCUAG